AUGAUCGACCACACUGCUUAUCCAGACAUCAUUGACGCCAUAUUCAGCUAUGCGGACACCUCUGCACUCCUCGCGCUGCGCGGUGCCUCGUCUGGAUUCUGCGACAGGGUGGAUGUAGCGUUGGCCAAGCACCUUGUUUUGCGGGAAGACCGGGUCUCCCCUGCUGGCAGCAAGGGAUGGCACCCCGCCUUCCUCCCGCUUGCAUCAAUAGCCCCACUCGACCGUAUCCUCCCCCUCCUCUUGCGCAUCCGAUCCAUCGUCGCCGACACGGUCAGCCUUGACAUCGACGGGCGCCCCGACUUCCUAGCAUACCCGCGCCUGGUCGCCCUAAAAGGUGCGUUCUCAGCUCUGCGUACACUCCGGCUACGCCCUGGAUCGCGGGACGACGAGUCCAUCGCUCUCUCCCUCGCUCCGGACACGGUGGUCGUGCGCACACCUUGGCCGCCGCACCCCUCUUCGGGCUUCCCGAUUUCGGAGCCCGCUCCGCUCAUCGCUUCCGCACGCCGGGUAGUGUACAACAUCGACCCCAGCCAGCCGCUCUUUCCCUCGCUUCUGCAUCGAGCUCUCACAACUCGCGAUCUGGAGGAGCUCGUCAUCGUCUUUCUCCCACCCGCGUCGCCGAUUGUCGACGCCCGCGACCGUGCCCUCCUUCGCACCAUCAUAACGAAAGCGCUCGAGGCCGCAGACCCCGACCCCGACCUCGACGAGCGUGAACCAGUCCGCGUCACCCUCGUCAACAUCGCCGAGGUGCCACCCGACUGCAUCCCUGUCCCUUCAUCUGAGUUUGACAACUACAUCACCGUGGAUGCGGACGGGGUCCUCGCUGCCGGCUUCGGCAUCACGCUUCCUCCGCUUGACUUUCUUAGCUGGAAACGCGCUGAGCCCAACCACUUGCACCCCCUCGAACGCUAUGUGCGCGCUACUCUGGGGCAUGAUCUGGGCACGGACGUUUACGACCGCAUCCGCUUCAUCAGCAUGGAUGAGUAUCAAUCCAAACCUCACAUCUUGGACAACCCGAACGUACACUUCCCUUGCGGUAAACGCGAGCAAAUCCAGGCGGCGAACCGUGCCCUGAUGCGAGUCGCCGCGGCUGUUCGCUGUCUGCGACUCAGCACCGAUGAGCUCUGGUGCCGUCUGCUUGUUCCGUUCCUGCGGCAGGUGCCGCCACUCGACGUUCUUCAAGUCUCCCACAUUACGGUACAGGUUCUCUGGCAGCCACAAGCAAUUCCCUCCGACACUGUCGUUCUCGGAACAGUGGGCGGUAAUGUAUUCAACAAGCAUGUCCCGUUCCGUGAUCCAGGAGUCCGCUACACUCCAAACCUCCGCAAGGUCGUCUUCAACUGUGACGCCGAAACGGUGCUUCACUUUGACCGGGUCCUUGAACCACUUUAUCCAAGCCGCGAGAACGAACUCAUCCGCGACUGUCAGGCAGUCCGUAUGAUGGUCCAACUGGCGCAUCCAGUUCAGUUUGUCCUCAUCUUUCAUCCAGUACCCGAAAUCGCCCGUAAUCGGCUGCGCGCAAUCGUCUGCAAAGCGUUGUAUCUCGCCAUUAUUCACGACGUACGCGUGCUCUUCGUCAACACCGUUGUGCUCCCUUCCUCAAUGUUCCCGUUCAAGCCAUCUGAUCCGGUUUUGGGAGUUGACAGCGUGUCCUCAUUCCCCGAGGAAGCCAGGCGCGUCGGCUCGGCGCCCCAGAGUCUGCAGACAUUUGCCCAAACUUGCGCCAUCGAAAGCGACCGCAUCACGUUUUGCACAAUGGACGAGUACCGCGAGCGGGUUGGUAAGAUGCGCUUCGAGGAGGAAACCUAUGCCGACAGCAACCUAAGUCUCCAGCGGAACAAGUAUCAAAAACUGUGGGAGAAGGCCAGGAGGAACCGGAGAGACACCUUUGAAGACGAGGGGGAAAGUCAGAUUCGUAACGGAGUCUCUGGGCUGGGGUUCUCAGGACUUUUGGCGGCGCCAGCUCCUGCGCAGGCGAACCCAGCACCUACGCAGACGAAUCCGACAUCUGCGUUCGGGAACCGACGGAUGUGGGGAACGCUUCGCUUUCGGUUCCCAGGACUUUCGGCGGCAGCCCCCGCAGCUGUGCAGGCGGCGCCAGCACCUCUACCGGCGGCGCCAGCCCCUCUACCGGCGGCGCCAGCUCCUGCGCAGGCGAACCCAGCACCUACGCAGACGAAUCCGACAUCUGCGGUGGGGAACCGCCGCCCCGUUCCCGUUCCGGCGAAUGCGGCAGCUUCAUCUUUGGACUCGACAUCUCAACGGCGAUGGGGAACGCUUCGCUUUCGCGACGUCAGUUUCUGGAUCCUUGAAAAUGCGCCUGCGCCGACGAACACGGUACCUGCCCCAGCGAGCGUGACACAGCCAUCCCCGCAGUUAUCUUCGGCGGCCGUGAUGGCGUCUGUGAAUCUGGACCAGGCCCUUGUGCAAGCACUGGCGUCUUUGGUGCAAUCGCAAUCGACGGCACGAGAGGCUAGAGGCAACAAGGGUAGCAGCGGUAGUAGGGAUGAUGAGCAGCAGUAG